CCCAUACUAAACAGCUUUCCUCCGUCAAAAGAAAGAACAACAAGGAGAGGUGCAAUGUUAUGAUAAGUCGUUACUGUACAUUAGACUCAGACAAAGAUUAGCCAUGCCUCCUCGAAUACCUCCCUCGACCGCAUCGAUUGCUAUCCCUAUACCCUCCGUCCACACACACUGCAAAUCAUGUUUCAAUCGCGCCUUUUCCUCCACUCCAACUUCCCAAACACGGCUCCGAGCUGAAAUGUUUGCAUGGCUGCAGGGUCCCGGCGCAGUCUUUAAACGGCCUCUUCCCGGGUCAACAAACUACCUGUCGGCUUAUGACAGACGAGGAAAUCUCUUGCGAGAUCGCGAUGGACAAUCUGGUGCCUCACCAGACGGAUCUUCUGAAAAUACUACCCGCGCCGAGUCGGAAGAAGAUCUGAGGCCGUUCCCACGAAACUCGCAUUUCAUCUCACAGAGUGUAUUAUCAGAGGAACUACAGCACGAAAUAUGGCACCGUGUACAAGUGCUGCAGAAAUCUGUUCGACAGGUGUCGGUGGAGAUGGGGGUAGAUAUGCGCAGAGUUGCUGCCGUCGUGCGGCUGAUAGAAGUCGAGAAGAAGAUGCAAGCAGAGGGCCAAGAACUCGCAAUACCGUAUGCCAAAGCCGUUCACUCAAUGGUGCCAGUCAACAGACUCAACCAGACGACGCGGAAGCCGAUGGAGCCACACGAGUCCAUCAACGACCUCGAACAACAUCCCCUCACUUUCCCCCAGCUCUUCCACCCUACCUCUGAAUCUCGCGCGUUUAACCGUACCGAUGCGGGUCGGGUCUUCAGUGGUGCGCCUCGAUUGCCGGACGAUCAGGACGCCGGACAAGGAGGCAAACCUGCUCGAGAGCCCUGGGAGGACACGAAGCCAGAGUACGUCGGCAAAGCAGGCCACUCUCACCCCAUUUUGAAACCGGCCGAUGCGCGUAUCCCCCACCCUCAAAUGAUCGCAUACGAAAUAGACAGGCAAAAUCCCGAGCUUGCCGAUGAGCACCGGGAGCGCCAACGGCUACACGCCCAGCGUCUCGAGGAAGACGCCCGCAAGAGAAAGGAAGCCAAGGAGUUGAAGGCCCGAUUGGAAGAAGAGAACAGGACUCGCGUCGACACGGGCCGAUGGCAAUUCAUCUUCACCAACGUCGCCGCCACGAGGGAGGGCACCAAACUGGACGGCCGUGGCACCAAAAGUCCCGGAUUUCGAUACGGUGUGCCAUCCCAGGAAAGGAAGAAGGGACAAGUCAAGAUACCAACAAAGGUGGAGGUCUAGAGUUGUCAGUUGCACUCUUGACUUCAUUUCCACUUUGUCUGCAUAUACUAUUAUACACCACUGGGCAAAUCUGUAUAUUUUGUACUGUAUUGUAUCGUCAGGUGAGAAUUAGCACUACCAUAUCCUGUCCAUGUACAUCAACUACAACGAUGCAAGAGAAUGUAUCAAAAUUCCAUAUGCGUCGACUGUAGUCGAGACUCCCAGUGCCUUCUGAAGGUCC